AUUUUCUUUCAUCAACUUCCGGGUUUUCUGCUGGAGACGCGGUCUGAGACGCAGGCGGGAAAUUUGCGCUGAUUUGACAUUUACAUUUGCAUAACAAAAUCUUCAUUAAGCUUCAUUAAGGGAUAUAGGAUAUAUAUAUAUUUAAAGGACCAAAAAAUUACAUAUGAACUUUGUUUUUGGCUCAAAGUGAGCAGCGCACGUUAAAGUGGCCUGGGAGGGUUUGAACAAAACCUUAGAUUAUACGCAUGUAUAACAUCUGGAGAGCUACUGCACAUGUAAAAUAGACAUCUUUGGGACCUGUGAAUGGGAGUCACACCAGAUGACCAGAUGGAUCCGCUGGACUUUCUAAGUCGGGACGACCUGCUGAACUAUUUUCACCGCAAGAAGACGGAGAUCUCCUGUAUAGAGGAACCGCACACCUUCCUCAGCCAGCUCCGAGACCAUGACCUGGUACCUGAGGAUCUCUACCAGAUGGUCAUAAAGAUGAGAAAUAAGGAGAGAAAGCAGAAAGGUGUGUAUGACAUUUUGGACUGGGUGGAGAAGGAGCGAGGUCAGUGUGUGGAGCGCUUUUGGAGGUGUGUGUUUCAGGACCACAUCAUGCUGAAAUAUCCCGUUUUCCGCAUCCUGCGAAACAGCUUUCUUGAUGGCUCCUACAAGUUUUCUCAGACGGUCCCUGACACGGAGGAUGCGGACAAAAAUGAGACAGAGUCGGUGCAGAAAGAGGAAAAGAAAAUAAAGGGAAAGAAAGGAAGAGGAAAGAGGAAGAAAAGUGUUGAAGAGACUGAGGAGGAGGUGGAGCCAGGACCUUCCUCUUGCUCCACCCCUACUCGCAAGAAAACGGCAACAAAGCCCAUAUUCCACUCGCCAUUAAAAAAAGGACAAAAGGCUGAAAUUUGGACGUGGGAUUUGUAUAAAACGACCCUCCCUGUUAUCUGUGGUAAUAAAAAAGCCACCCUGCAUCGGGGCAAGCUAGCCAAAGGAAUCGAGUGUAUUCUGUAUAAGGGUCAGUGGCUCACCCCAAAUGGCUUUGAGAAGGCUGCAGGAAAGGGAAGCCACAAGAACUGGAAGCUUUCCAUCCGCUGCCAAAAAACUCAGCUUCAAAAACUUAUAGAGGACGGCCAUUUACAGUGUCCCCGCAUGAAGAGACAGUACAAUCGGAAGAAUCGGAGAUUGUUGUUUCCCGACAGCCCCUCUGAAAGCUCCAGCUCUGGGUCAAUGUCCUUACUAUCCAGUAUAGAUAUGGGCGAAUUAAGCGAAGACCAGGAGGAGGAAGGAGAAGAGGAUGGAGAAGACCGCACGGAAGAAGAAGAUGAAGAUGAGGAAGAAGAUGCUGAGCCGGUGGAUAUGUCUGAGUUUAAGGCUGAGGUUUUACCAGUCAGCUGUGGUUCCGUCACUGGGGAGCUGUAUACUAAAAGAUUUACAGGUGGGUCACGCAGUAAGAGCAUCCGCACAGAGGAGCGCUGGUUCACUCCUGAGGAGUUCGUAAUGCAGGAGUUAACUCUGACCGAAAAACACUGGAAGAAGGAUAUACUGUGUCAUGGCAAAACCCUCAGCUACCUGGUGAAGAAGAAGAUCCUGUAUAUCCACUCUGUGCUGUGCAAAUGUAAUUGCUGCCGUCCUAACGACCCGCUGGCGCAGAAUAACGACGACGUUUGCUUCAUUUGUGACUCUGACGGGGAUGAUGACAGAGACCUGGUGUGCUGUGACGAGUGUCCACGAGCUUUCCAUCAGGACUGCCACUUACCAUCUACACACAGCGACACAAGCGGGGAUAAAUGGAUGUGCACUUUCUGCGUUUGGAAGGUAAACCAUCCAAUGUGGACUCGCAUGAGUCAGGAUGAAGCUUUGAACUGUCCUGUAAACCAAAACAUUAUGAACUGUGAGUAUUUGCUGCUGUGUUUGUAUAAGGAGGACGUGAAACGUGUGUUUACUUACGAUCCCGUCACAAGCGUGCCGGGAUACAGCCGUGUGAUUUCUAAUCCCAUGUGGCUGGAAAGAGUGAAGGCCAAACUGCAGGGAAAUAUGUACAACACUGUUGGAGAGUUUGUAGAUGACAUCAGGCUCAUCUUCCAAAACUGGCAAACGUUUAACCGGGAUAAAGACGAUGGCAUGUUUGGAGCCAGACUGAGCGAGAUCUUUGAGCAGAAGUUCCUCCUCAGCUUUAAGAUCCAGUAGAGAUUCUCCUGUUUCAGCAACCAGCACCUUAUCGUCCGCGUUACAAUCAAAAGAUAAAGAUUGCUGUUUACUAUAACCUUAAGCGUGAGAAUUGUCAGGUUUUUUGUUUUGCCACAGGAAUUACAAGUGUUAAUGUGUCAUAAAAUACAAGAGCCAAUCAGAAGCCAGUAUGCAGGUUUGGGGAGGAGGCGGGCUUUUUGUGAUGCAGUAUCAUGUAACUUGCUCAGUGUUACAAAAAAAGUGCUUUUGUUUGUGUAUUGAUGCGGAAUAUAGAGUUAUUUGUGGCAUAUUUAAUCAUUUCAACCAUAUGUGUAUUAUCAUGUUUACUGCAUGAGUUUAAAUAUCACAUUACCAAAAUAAUAAAUAAAUAAAUAAAUAAUAUAUUUUUGAUA